AUGCAUUCACAAAGGGGGGUGAACGAUGAACACAAGUCCAACACCUCUCCGUCAUCGGGCGAGCCGGCAAGCCCAACUUUCUCUCUUGAGGACUUGAGUCUCCCGCGCUACAAGGAUGAAGAAGACUCCGAACGCGCCCGGCGAGCCCAGGCCCGAGCCCAAGCCCGAGUCAGCGGCGAGUAUGGCGAUCUAGAGCUGGGCAGUGUACCGUUAUUGCCGGCCGGGCAUCCAGACGAACAUCGCGAUCUGGAUGACUCGGAUUCAGACUUUUUUGACUACGAGGAACAGAGUGCGCAUCGGAACGACCCGUCGCUGUCUUGUAACCUUGCCGGCUUCUACACUUGGUUGCGCGGGCCAGUCCCGCCGCAUGUUUACCAUAUCAAGCCUUGGUUUCCACGGUGGCAGGCUGCGCCAGCGCGUCUGGUUGAGCGAUGGGCCCCGCGAAAGGGUGUGAAGAUUGCUCUGCUUGUUGGUGGGAUAAUCUUCUGGAUUGCCGUGUUUUUUGCUUCGCUGCAAGCCUCAGUGGCGGGCCAGGAGAUCUCGGGAUAUGGAAAACCAGUGAAGUUGUCGUGUCACCAUCGUUUAUGGACCAAUGCCACGGACUGUGGUUUAAAUGGAGAUUCUUGUCUUCCAUUUGAUGAGCAAUCGUUCGCUUUCAGCUGCCCAGCAGGCUGUUCUGCAGCCAUUCUUCUGGAGCCGUACAAUAUCGGCAACCAGUCGUAUAAUUAUCGACCACUUGUCAUUGGAGGUAAACCCUUCCGGAUGGAUGGUCGCGUUAGUGGCUUGUACCGCGGCGACUCGUCGAUUUGUGCGUCAGCGUUGCAUGCUGGACUGAUCAGCGACUCAAAGGGUGGCUGUGGUAUCCUGCAUCGUCGUGGAGAGCGAGAUAACUUUGAGAACUACACCAAGAAUGGCAUCGAGAGCAUCCCGUUCAGGCCGUCUUUCCCAAUGUCCUUCGUUUUGACGCGGCAGGCGUCGUCUUCCGGAUCCAGCGAGGCGAAGUUGAUAGAAUGCUUUGAUAUUCGCUGGUCGCUAUUCGCUUUCACCGUGUUUGUCACGGCGAUAUUUUCAAUGACCGUCACUUCAGCACCGAUAUUUUACAGCAUUACGUUCUUUAUCGUGUGGUUCCAGGUCGCCAUGGCAUCUGACCCACCUGGCUCGGGGAGCUUCUAUGGCUUGUUACAAGUCGGGCUGGGCCGAUUUCUUCCCGGCGCCUUUGUCGGCUUCGCGUUAUAUUACUUCUGUGUACGAAAGACACUUGGAAAUCUCGAAGCGCACGCGGAUAAAACCAUCCUGUGGCUGGGAGGCUGCUGGGUUGGUGCUCUGAACAGCGACACCUUCGACCGAAUCCCCAUCUCUCGUCUUACACCCCACGAUCUUCAACAACAACCCGGUGCCAUCACGGCCCUCAUCAUCAUUAUUGGCAUUCUCAUCGUAUCCUUCCUCAUCCAGGCCCACGGCUUCCGCCGAGAGGGCCGUCUGGUAUUCACCCUGCGCCUCUAUGGCAUCAUGCUCAUCGGCAUCAUUGUGCUCGUCUUAGUACCGCACAUGAACCUCCGUAUCCACCAUUACAUCCUUGCACUCCUCCUCAUCCCAGGUACUACGCUUCAAACCCGUCCCAGCCUCCUAUUCCAGGGUGUAAUGCUGGGUCUGUUCAUCAACGGCAUCGCCCGCUGGGGCUUCGAUUCUAUCCUCCAAACUCCUGCCUCCCUCCUCGAAGGUGGCCGUCUAGGCACCAUUCCACCACCUAUGAACCCACCGAACAUCGAGGACCGGCACCACCUUGUCUUUUCAUUCCCUAAUAUCCCCGCGCAUGUCGACGGUAUAAGCGUAAUCGUCAACGACGUCAUGCGAUAUCAAGGCUUUAAGUCGAAGGAUGGUGAUUCAGUGCCGGACUUUGCUUGGUCGCGACAGCACAAUAAUCAGCCUGAGUACUUCCGGCUUGGGUAUGUUCAUAUCAAUGCAUUGGGUGGUGUGUGGUAUGAGGAUUUCUCGGUGCCAUCAACGUGGGCUAUUGAUGGAGACUUUUACUACCCGGUAUAG